AGUGAGGAGUCGGUGCCGGGGCUGCUGGGGCUCACUGAAGAAGUGAUGGAUCAUCACCACCAUCAAGGAGUGAAGGGAUAUGAGAUCAAGGAUCUCCUGAACAGUAGUCUGGACCUGACCCAGUUUACAGAGGAGGAAAAAUGGAGGAUAGAGCACAUCCGGAUGCACGAGAAGCACAAGGGCCAUGAGCAGAUGCACGCCGAGAUGGUGUUGGUGCUGGUGACGGCGCUGCUGCUCGGCCAGGUGGUGCUCGUCUUCUGGAGGAGCAAGCACCCCCGCUCGUAUCAGAUCGUGACCCUGAUCGGCAUGUGGGUGAUCCCGUUCGUGCUCUGCAUCCGCAACCACUGGUGGCGCUUCAUCUUCUUCUGGCUGCUUUACUCGUGCAUCACGCUCAUGAUCGGACACAAAGCCAUGAAAAAGCCGCUGGAGGGCACCACGCCUAGGCUUGUCUACAAGUGGUUCCUGCUCUUGUACAAGAUCAGCUAUGGGCUAGGAAUAAUCGGCUACACCAUCAUGAUGGCCACCUUCAUGGGCUUUAACCUGAUGUUCAGCGUGAAGCCGCACGUCUGGAUGGACGUGGGCAUCAUGUUUCUCUUCUACGGCCUCUACUACGGCGUACUGGGCCGAGACUGCGCCGAGAUUUGCGCUGACAAAAUGGCCGCCCACAUCGGAUACUACCGUCCGGACGGCAUGCCGACCCGCAGCCUGGACCCGGACGUGUGCGCCGUCUGCGGCAACAAGCUGAUGGUGCUGGACAACGACCAGGCCGUGCUGGAGAAGACCUACCGGCUGACCUGCCAGCACGUGUUCCACGAGUUCUGCAUACGCGGCUGGUGCAUCGUCGGCAAGAAGCAGAUAUGCCCCUACUGCAAGGAGAAGGUGGACCUGAAGCGGAUGCUGCACAACCCGUGGGAGAAGCCGCACGUGCUGUACGGCCAGCUGCUGGACUGGAUCCGCUGGCUGGUGGCUUGGCAGCCGGUCAUCAUCAUGGCCGUACAGGGCGUCAACUACCUGCUGGGGCUGGAGUGAGAGGCGGCCGGCCGGUCGGCACGCGGCGCCGGGCCGGGCCAGGAGCGGCCGGCCGCAGAGUU